AAGGGGGCAGAGCUGACGCCGCGAGUCCUUCCCGUGCGCACCACGUACCGCGCGUCACGUGGCCGGAGCGGCGAGUAUAGCGGGCGGGACGAGUUCGGCGCAUGCGUGCUCGUGUCCCGGGGCUGGCCUCUGGCGUGCGGCAGUUCCGCUUCCCGGCGCGUGGCACUCCGCCUGUGCGGCUCGCGGGACGGGCGGCGCCAUGGCCGGCAUCAAAGCCCUGAUCAGCCUGUCCUUUGGGGGAGCAGUCGGUCUGAUGUUCCUGAUGCUCGGAUGUGCCCUUCCGCAGUACAACCAGUACUGGCCACUGUUUGUUCUGUUUUUUUACAUCCUUUCUCCUAUCCCAUACUGCAUAGCAAGAAGAUUAGUAGAUGACACAGAUGCUACAAGUAAUGCCUGCAAGGAGCUAGCAAUAUUUCUUACAACAGGCAUUGUUGUCUCAGCAUUUGGGCUACCAAUAGUGUUUGCGAGAGCAGAACUGAUUUACUGGGGCGCGUGUGCACUUGUUCUUACGGGGAAUACAGUCAUCUUUGCCACGAUCCUAGGAUUUUUCUUGGUCUUUGGCAGCAAUGAUGACUUCAGCUGGCAGCAGUGGUGAAAGGAAGAGAACUAUCACAGGCAUCUUUAUCAUGCAGUGGCCAUCCAUACAAAGGAGAGAAUGGGCAAUAAAGAGAAGUAGCGUAGCAAAGCCUCUUGAGUAUUCUAGAUGUUCCUUUUCACCUUGUACGUUAUGAGUAUACUACUGUUGCUGACAGGGUUUCUACAUUUUUCUGAAAUGGAGAGAUUAUUGAUUUCAUUUUUACCUAUGGUAUGUUUUUUAGGUGCUCUCUUGGUUUAAAAUUGUUAUCCUUCUGCUCAGUGUUUAUGUGAAGCUUUAAAUCCAGAACAAGAACAUUUAAACGUGGUUUCAAAGAAGAUUUAAAGUGGUGUUUUUUUGUGUGUUGUUUUUUUUUUUUUUUUAAGUGUUAAUACCAUGUUUCAAAGUAACUUUUUUAAUAUGGUGAUUAAAUUAUAUACAAGCUGAACCGAAGUAUAUGAUUGGGCACCACCAUUGUCACUUACCAGAUAAACAGAUUGUUGCUCUAUUGUAGCAGAGGCAAGGCAAGGUGGGGAGUACCAGUUGCAAAUUUUUCUUUUGCCCUUAUCUAAAACUGGGUGGUGAAUGUUGAUAGCCUUCAUUUCAGGGGAAGGCUGAGGAGCAGGUAGAGUUACUGGGAGAAGUCCUAAAUUUUAACACCGCUAGCACUUUUAUUUGCUUUGUUAUCAGUUCUUGUGUGGAUGUGACAUUAAAAUACACUGUAAAUGUAUUGAUGCUAUGACAAACAAAACUAAAUUGUAUUGUAGAGGAAGGGAAAAUGAUGUUUAAAUUCAAUUUUUUAGAAAAAUCUUUUGAACUCUAUUUAUAAGUAUUGUAUGGUUUUGAACUUUUGUGUCAGCUUUUUACCACAAAGAUGGUAAAAUGUUCAUUUAUGGAACUACUGGUCUGUGUUAAUUUGAAGCAUAUACAAAGCUAUUUCCUCCCUGCCCUUUUUAAUUUAUUUUAUACAUAGUGUGUAUAUAUAUAUAUAUAUAUAUAUAAAAUAAAUCAGCUUUUCAAAUGUAGAUUAAAACUGUUACACUUGCUUAAGAAUUUUUUUUCCCUUUAACACAAAGCAGUUGAGGCAUGACUUUUUUUGGAGGUCACCGGCUGAACUGAUUUCACUGACUUUUUAAGUUCUUAUCAGUUAGUAAGAUUUAAUGUUAUGUCUGUAACUGUAGCUUGUGUUAUGUAAGAUUGCACAUGUAGCUUCAAAUAGCUAAGACAAGUUUGCUGCGUACCUCUCAAUUGUCUGAAUUUUACAUUUAAAGAAAUCUGCUGUUAGACAUUCCAUCAUGGGAUGGUUGAUGAGUGCCAGUUAACCAGGUGUGAGUGUAUCAUGUGCAGUGAUGAACUUGACCAGACAUAAUUCUAGACUAUAUUUUUGUUCAACUCUUUAUGAAAAGUCUAGGAAACUUCCUGUGCAUAAUUAGAAGCUGAUGACUGCUUGCACCUUUCUUAGCAGUGGAGCAGUGUGAAAAGGCACAGAAUUGCAGGUCUUAGUUGUAGUAUUUGUGCACAGAUGUAAACAGAGUAUAAAGCUUGAAUAUUUGAAGUAGUUACAUGAAACACUUAAGGAACUUACACCAGAAGGUGGGGGCAGCAGGGAGGUUGCUACCCACACAUGCUGCUUUGCUGAUGUCAUCCUGUGUGUAAAAUUGAUCCAUUUUAUCUGUGCUGGUAGAGGAACAAACAGUUGCCAAGACCCCAGCACAGAAGCUGGUCUAUAGCAGCUGUAAGUGCUUUGCCAGGCUGCCUGCAGUGGUGACCUUUGCAGGUGCGCGAGGGCUGUAGAAUCAUUCGUUUCAUCACCUUUUUCAGAGAGAUUCCUGCAUCCCCGUCCCCAGCACAAUGGAUGCUUUGGAAAAUCUUCCAAACCUGUGGCUAGAUGUGCGCUGUUGCGCAGCCCUUGUGAAGGAGGAACACUCAGGAAUUUUACAAAUUCUUUUAAUCUCUUACCAACUUUUUUUUUUGGUCAGGAACUGUUUUCUUUUUCAUUCCUGUGCUGCUAAGCCUGCUGUUCAAUGUGAUGCUACUUUCUAGAUCACUGGCCUUCGAGGUGACUGUGUAUGUAUUUGUGGUGCAUUUUUUUGUAUGUUAAUUGCAUUACAGUGUUACCUACUUUUGCUUGCACACCGAGUACGUGCAGUUUUGCUCUGUUUCAUGGCCUUGACACUUGAGAGAUAUGGUCCUUCCAUAUAAUAUGCACUGAGAUAGAGUUACCAUCCUUCUAGAGGGAAAAACUUUGAAUGAUAAAAGGUUUUAAAUAACAAUCUAAGUUCUGUAUGUUUAAUCAAAAAUACUCUAAUAAAAGAGUAUUUUGUUUAAAGUA